AUGGCGCUGUAUAGAUUAGUUAUGCUGGGAGAUGGAGGUGUUGGAAAGACAGAGCUUAGCACUGCGUUGACCCUUAGCAUCCCCACUCAAUCAUGGGACCCGACAAUCGGGGACUCAUACAGAAAGCAAGUUGUUAUCGAUGGUCAAACCUGCUUGCUAGAAGUUAUGGACACAGCGGGCUAUGAAGAAUAUACCGCCCUCCAAGAUCAAUGGAUCAGGGAUGGUGAAGGUUUUAUCUUAGUUUAUAGCAUCUCGAGUCUAUCUUCAUUCGCACGCACUCAGCGGUUUCACAACCAGAUUAUCAGGGUAAAAGAAUCCUCAGCGUCUUCAGCUUCGUAUCCUGGCACACCCAUAUCAUCUCUUGCCGAGGGCCUUCCGAUAACGCUAGUGGGAAACAACAGCGACCGUAUCACCGAACGUGAAGUAUCGACACAAGAAGGACAUGCACUGGCGAGGGAACUUGGGUGUGAAUUUGUGGAGGCUUCGCCAAAGAACGGCACUAAUGUUGAAAAGGCAUUUUACGAUAUUGUGAGGCAAAUACGCCGACAACGGAUGCUGAAUACAGUACUUAAGCAAUACCAGGAACAGCGUUUCAAGGGGAAGCUUCCUAGGCGAACAAUUUCGCUAUUGGAUAUUGUAAGGAGGGGAAAGCCUGCGAAGCCACCUCCUCAGUGA